AACUUGCCGCAAAGUUUUUCUGGAGAAGUCGGGUUUUUUUUUGCCGAGCGCUUUUGCCGACUGCUAGAGCUGACCCUUACUUUCUUAACCUGGGGUUGUUUUACGUCCGGGCUUUUUGAACUCUACACUCUCCUACAUUGUAGGAGCUGGGUGGGAGUAGGAGACGGUGUGCCUCCGCGCUCCCCGCGGGGCAGGCGAACCCCGGAGGAAGGGGCGGAUCGGGCGCGGUGUUUGGGGCGAAGCUGGGCGCGCGGCGCUCGAAGCAUUCACUCGGCGGGUUUCGUGGUUGGUGGAGACAGCAAGGGCGCCCCGCAGACCGCACCCGUCGAGCUAUAGGUUGGCAGGCCCGACUCGACGGCGUCCCUAUUGCUGGCCCAGCCUAUGGUCAUUGGGGGCCAUUUCUUGCAGAGAUGCCCUGCUCCCUGACGCGCUCGCUCUUCUCCAGAGUUGGCCAAAGGUGCUCUUCCCCGCAGACCCUAACCACACCCAGUGGCAGUUGGAUUUCUUUGUAACUGGCUUUCUCACAUAUAUCAUCUCUUCUUUUGAUCACUGUUCCUGAUUGUGGCAUUGUGCAAGUGUUAAAUUGUGUGCCUUUUGUUCCUGAGGAAAGAGGUCCUGGGAUCUUUGAAAUCCUAAGAUUCUUGGAUACCACAGUAUCAUAAAAUUCCUCUAAAUGCAUUGGUGCUAGCAAUCCCCUACUCUGGCCUCUGGACCUAGCUUGAAGUUCUGGAUUCAUUUCCUUCUUCCUUGUACCUCAGCCUGAGCCUUCUGUCACCCAAAGGGCUCCAGCUGGUUUUUCACUCAGGCCUCACUUUAUCUUCCAAGAUGAAAGAACUGAGACACAGAGGUUGAGACUUGUCUAAAGUAACAUGACCAAUGAGGAAACUGAGGUCCAGAGAAGUUGAAGCUUUCCCAAGGUCACACAGCAGAGCUGGAACUAGAGCUUGCAUUUCCUGACUUCCAGAUUAGUGUUAUUUUUACUUCAAACUAUUACUUCUUGGUGAGUUAUUGUGGGAAAAAUCCUGUAUAUUGAAGAUGUCUCUACACAGUAUCGUUUCCUGUUUAAAUUACAGAUAACUUCAAGAGUUUUCAGAAAAAAAGAAAUUGGGACUUUUUUGGUUAAAUCAUGCCAUCUGAACAGAAACAGUUAUUUUGUGAUGAAAAACAAACUACUUUAAAAAAAGAUCAUGAUGUGAAAAAUGAGAUAGUUGAUAGGUCGAUACCUAAACCGAAAAUUUCAGAAAGUAUUCAUUAUGAACUAAAAAAUGUGAAAAUUGAUUUGCCAAAAAUAAAUAUUCCAAAUGAAGUCCUAUUGAAACAUGAAGUUGACAAAUACAGAAGAUUAUUUCAGAGUAAACAGCAGACUGCAAGAAAAUCUAUCAGUAUAAAGACUGUAAGCUGUGUAGAGGAGUGUACAUUGCUUCAUAAGUCUGAGAGAGCUGAAGAAGAGGGUAUAAAAAUGUCUGCAAAAAUACUCAAUUUCAGCUGUUUAAAAUGCCGAGACAACACUCGAUAUAGCCCAAAUGAUUUGCAGAAACACUUUCAAAUGUGGCACCAUGGCGAAUUACCUUCAUAUCCUUGUGAAAUGUGCAACUUUUCAGCAAAUGACUUUCAGGUAUUUAAACAACACAGACGAACCCAUAGAAGCACUUUAGUAAAAUGUGACAUUUGUAACAAUGAGAGUGUAUAUACUUUACUGAACUUGACAAAGCAUUUCACAUCCACACAUUGUGUUAAUGGUAAUUUUCAAUGUGAAAAGUGUAAGUUCUCCACCCAGGAUGUUGGCACAUUUGUUCAGCACAUUCAUAGACAUAAUGAAAUUCAUUAUAAGUGUGGUAAAUGUCAUCAUGUAUGUUUUACCAAAGGAGAGCUUCAGAAGCACCUUCAUGUUCAUUCUGGUACUUUUCCCUUCACUUGUCAAUAUUGUAGCUAUGGUGCCACCAGGAGAGAACACCUUGUAAGACAUGUUAUAACUUUGCACAAAGAACAUUUAUAUGCAAAAGAAAAACUGGAAAAAGAUAAGUAUGAAAAAAGAAUGGCAAAGACUUCUGCAGGACUUAAGCUAAUACUGAAAAGAUAUAAAAUAGGUGCAUCAAGGAAGACAUUCUGGAAACGUAAGAAAAUUAACAGUGGAAGUGACAGAAGUAUAGAAAAGAACACUCAAGUGCUUAAGAAAAUGAACAAAACACAGACUAAAUCUGAAGACCAGAGCCAUGUUGUUCAAGAGCAUUUAAGUGAGGAAAAGGAUGAAAGACGACACCGUGAGAAUAAUGAUAAAGCCCCUGAAUCAGAGUCAGAGAAGCCAACUCCUCUGUCCACUGGGCAAGGUAAUAGAGCUGAAGAGGGACCAAACGCUAGUUCAGGUUUCAUGAAGACUGCUGUACUAGGAUCUACACUGUUAAUGCUGAAAAGUAAUAAAUUAGCAGUUCCCCCUAACUAUAGUGCUAAGUUUAUGGGCUUCAAGAUGAUGGAUGGAAGACAGCAUAUUGUAUUAAAAUUGGUGCCUAUCAAACAAAAUGUAUGUUCACCAGGCUCACACUCAGGUGCUGCAAAGGACAGUACUGCUAAUUUGCAGCCCCAGACUUUGGACACUAAUGGAUUCUUAACAGGAGUAACAACUGAGUUAAAUGACACAGUUUAUAUGAAAGCAACUACUCCAUUUUCAUGUUCAUCUUCUAUACUUUCAGGGAAAGCAAGUUCAGAAAAAGAAAUGACUUUGAUAUCUCAAAGGAAUAAUAUGCUUCAAACAAUGGAUUAUGAGAAAAGUGUAUCUUCUUUGUCAGCAACGUCAGAAUUGGUUACAGCAUCAGUGAAUUUGACCACAAAAUUUGAAACAAGAGAUAAUAUUGACUUCUGGGGAAAUCAUCUCACUCAGAGUCACCCCGAGGUAUUAGGUACCACCAUUAAAAGUCCAGAUAAAGUCAACUGUGUUGCCAAACCAAAUGCAUACAACAGUGGAGAUAUGCAUAAUUAUUGCAUUAAUUAUGGCAACUCUGAAUUACCUGUUGAAUCCUCCAACCAAGGAUCAUUACCUUUUCAUAAUUACUCAAAAGUGAAUAAUUCCAAUAAACGUCGUAGGUUUUCAGGAACAGCAGUGUAUGAAAACCCUCAAAGAGAAUCUUCAUCCAGCAAAACAGUUGUCCAACAACCAAUUAGUGAAUCAUUUUUAUCACUAGUGAGGCAGGAGAGCUCAAAACCAGAUAGCCUGUUAGCAUCUAUUAGCCUUUUAAAUGAUAAAGAUGGAACUUUAAAAGCAAAAUCUGAAAUUGAAGAACAGUAUGUUUUAGAAAAAGGACAAAACAUUGAUGGACAAAACCUGUACAGUAAUGAAAAUCAAAAUUUAGAGUGUGCGACUGAAAAAUCUAAAUGGGAAGACUUUUCUAAUGUCAAUUCCCCUAUGAUGCCUAGAAUCACAUCUGUUUUCUCUCUCCAGAGCAAACAGGCAUCAGAAUUUCUGCCACCUGAAGUAAACCAGUUGCUUCAGGAUGUACUGAAAAUAAAACCUGAUGUAAAACAAGACUCUAGUAACACUCCAAAUAAAGGCCUGCCACUUCAUUGUGACCAGUCAUUUCAAAAACAUGAGGGAGAAGGCAAAAUUGUUGAAUCUUCGAAAGAUUUCAAAGUGCAAGGCAUCUUCCCGGUUCCACCUGGCAGUGUGGGUAUUAAUGUGCCUACAAAUGACUUGAAUUUGAAAUCUGGAAAAGAAAAACAAGUGUCAUCAAUGCCACAAGAUGUGAGAGAUUCAGAGAAGAUGCCUAGAAUUUCAGGUUUUGGCACAUUACUUAAGACUCAGUCAGAUGCGAUAAUAACACAGCAGCUUGUAAAAGACAAACUACGAGCCACUACACAAAAUUUAGGUUCUUUUUAUAUGCAGAGUCCACUUUUAAAUUCAGAACAAAAAAAAACUAUAAUUCUUCAGGCAUCAAAAGGAUUUUUAAUACCAUUGAAUAUUACUAACAAGCCUGGGCUACCGGUUAUUCCUGGAAACACACUUCCAUUGGUUAAUUCACAAGGUAUCCCUGCUUCUCUUGUUGUAAACAAGAAACCUGGGAUGAUUUUAACACUUAAUAAUGGGAAACUUGAAGGUGUUUCUGCUGUCAAAACCGAGGGUGCCCAAGCUCGUGGAACUAUGACUAAGGAGCCUUGCAAAACACCUAUUUUGAAGGUAGAACCAAACAAUAAUUGUCUUACACCUGGACUGUGUUCCAGCAUUGGCAGUUGUUUGAGCAUGAAAAGUAGCUCAGAAAAUACUUUGCCAUUAAAAGGCCCUUACAUUUUAAAACCAACGAGUUCUGUGAAAGCUGUUCUUCUUCCUAACGUGCUAUCUGAGCAACAGAGCACUAAGUUGAAUAUCUCCGAUUCAGUAAAACAGCAGAAUGAGAUUUUUUCAAAACCACCUCUUUAUACCUUCUUGCCUGAUGGCAAACAAGCUGUUUUUUUAAAGUGUGUGAUGCCAAAUAAAACUGAGCUGCUUAAGCCCAAAUUAGUCCAAAAUAGUACUUAUCAAAAUAUACAGCCAAAGAAACCUGAAGGAACACCACAAAGAAUAUUGCUGAAAAUUUUUAACCCUGUUUUAAAUGUGACUGCUGCUAAUAAUCUGUCAGUAAGCAACUCUGCAUCCUCAUUGCAAAAAGACAACGUACCAUCUCAUCAGAUUAUAGGAGGAGAGCAGAAAGAGCCAGAAUCUUCUAGAGAUGCCUUACCCUUCUUACUAGAUGACUUAAUGCCAGCAAAUGAAAUUGUGAUAACUUCUACUGCAACAUGCCCAGAAUCUUCUGAGGAACCAAUAUGUGUCAGUGACUGUUCAGAGUCCAGGGUAUUAAGGUGUAAAACAAAUUGUACAAUUGAGAGGAACUUCAAUAGAAAAAAGACUUCCAAAAAAUUUUUUUCAAAAACAAAAACUCAUGAAAGUAAAGACUCUGAAACUGCCUUUGUAUCUAGAAACAGAAACUGUAAACGAAAGUGUAGGGAUAGUUACCAAGAACCUCCAAGAAGAAAAGCAACAUUGCAUAGAAAGUGUAAAGAAAAGGCGAAACCUGAAGAUGUCCGUGAAACAUUUGGAUUUAGCAGACCUAGGCUUUCAAAAGAUUCCAUCAGAACUUUGCGGCUUUUCCCUUUUAGUUCUAAACAGCUUGUGAAAUGUCCUAGGAGAAACCAACCAGUUGUAGUUUUGAAUCAUCCUGACGCAGAUGCACCAGAAGUAGUAAGUGUAAUGAAAACUAUUGCUAAAUUUAAUGGACAUGUACUUAAGGUUUCAUUGUCAAAAAGAACUAUAAAUGCUUUACUGAAACCAGUUUGUUAUAACCCUCCUAAAACAACUUAUGAUGAUUUUUCCAAGAGGCACAAAACAUUUAAACCUGUUAGUUCUGUGAAAGAAAGAUUUGUGCUAAAAUUAACACUCAAAAAGACAAGCAAAAACAAUUAUCAGAUUGUGAAGACUACCUCUGAAAAUAUUUUGAAGGCUAAAUUUAACUGUUGGUUUUGUGGUAGAGUAUUUGACAAUCAGGAUACUUGGGCUGGUCAUGGGCAGAGACAUUUAAUGGAAGCUACUCGGGAUUGGAACAUGUUAGAAUAGUUUACCAUAAUUACCAAGGAAAAGAAAAGUAAAAUUACCUUAGAAGAAAACAAUGGGUUGAAUUACCAUAAUGCAGACAUUUUCUACUUCAUUAUAGUACCUGAAAUCAAACAUUUUAAAAGUUGAUUAUAUUUCUGUGGAAGAGUAAAAGUUGUAUGUAUGAUAUUUGAAAAUGCUAUCCCUGCACUCAAAAGUUUUGAAAGAAACUAAUCACAGCACAGAAGUACCUUGAUUUAAUUUUUUAAACAUGUGUUCUUGGGAAGUUAGGGCUAAAGAAAAUUUUGAUAAAACAAUUUUCCCACUUUAGUUCUUUAGUGACUCUUAGUAGAGGGUAAUGGCUGACACCCCCAUUCUCUCUCUUCUUCCACCAGCCUUAUGCAUCUAAGUGUAGCUGGAGAUGGAGAGCUCUUUCAUCAUAGAACUGAAGGAGUUUCUCACAUUUGUGAACAUACUUUGAGAGAGCUUGGGUAAAGAAGUCACUCUAUAUCUGCUAAAUAUAGUUAUUUUGAAGGGUAUUAGGCUCCUUGAAAGUACAUUUAACUCACUACAGUUACACCUCAUACAAUGCUUGAAGAGUUUUUGGCAAGUACAUUUUUUUUCCAGUUGAACUCUGUCACUUGUUAGAGAUUGGGAACACUCUCCCAAGGUGAUUUUCUUUUUCUAAAUGACUAUGUCAAACGUUGCAGUAGAUGGGCAGCUUCAAGAGAAGAAUUUAAACUCUUUGUCUCAUUGAAAGUUUGGUUAAAGAACUUGAACAUAGUUCUGAAUUUGAUUAUAUUCUCUGAUGAUCCUCUUGCACAGAACUAUGCUUAUCUCAUUUGUUUGUCCUCCAUAAACAAAUGGCCAUUUUUUUCUUCUUGGUUCCCAUCCCUUUAAAAAGAAUGGAACGUAGGAACACUUCCAAGGGAGUGGCUUUUCUUGAAAGUUAAAAUUUUUUACCAAAACAGUAUUUUGAAGCAAGAUCAUAUUUUUGUCUGUAUUCACUUUAUUAUUUGAACAUGUCCAAAUUAGGACAAAGCAUUUCUGUUAGCUACUUCUCAGUGUGAGUGACAACCCAAAACAUAUAUACAGGUUGUUGGCAUUUGAAAAAGGAAGCAUCAAUAGUGGACCCAGAGGCAGUGCAUAAAACCUUAGGAUAGAUUCCUAAGGGAUAUGCCCAACAGAGUUUUAAAAUGGAUGUUUUCAUGAUGACAACAGAAUCAUAGAUUUAGAUUUUUCACUUUGUAAGUUUGGAUCAAAUUUUGUUGGAUCUUUGGAUAAUGGAGUUCUUGUGUUAAAAAAUUACGUGCUAUAUGAUUUUUUGUUAACAUUGUUACAAGUGUUAAUGACAUUUUCAUUAAUUGGAUGAAAACUUCAGGGCUUCUUUUCUGUAUAUAACAAAUUAAGUCUGUACAUAUUUUUGUACCUUUUAUGUAAAUUUUGCACAGAAAGUUUUGGCAUAAGUUUAUUUUCUUUCAGUUUAGUUCAGUGCAUGCACUAAUAAAACUGGUUGUUUAAUUUAAAAGGAAUAUAUAAGACUUUACCCAUGUUAUUUUCUUGGUUUUUAUUUCAGAUGUAGCUUUUGUUUUUGAGGUAAAUUCAUUCUUCAGGGAUUGAACACUAUUGUUAGCAAGUGCCUAAAAAAGAUGUGAAACAGUUUACAUAUGUCAGCUGUAACAGUAGGUCCCAAAUGGGCCCAUUCCCCUAAUAGUUUUAUUUUAAAGAAAGCCAUACAUAGAAUGCUUCAAGCUAUCUUGCUAUGCACAUUAUACUUGUACUGUUUUGUGCAGUUGUCUACUUUCUUAGUGAAGUAUUUUUUGUAUAAAAUGUUAGAAUUGUGUUUCUUAAAUUGAGCCUAAGAAUGGAGUUAAUUGGAAAUAUACAGUAUAUAUUAAUAAUGUAUAUGGUGUUUAAAGAAUGGUAAGCAUUGUUAAUUUCUGUAAUGAACAUUUUCAAUUAAAUUUAUCUUGUUUGUGUUUACACAAGAAUUUUUUUACUGUGCUAAAAUCUAAUGGAAAUUUUAUUCUCUAGGAAAUACAGAUUUUAAAGUGUA